UGCACGAGAUAUAAAGAAUCUUGCCACCAUGUUUGUACUAAUAUACCGGGAUCAUUUAAAUGUUCUUGUCAUAAUGGUUAUAGAAUGACACACAGUGGACAAUGUAUAGGUAACGUUUACAAUCUUAGUAAGGCCCUGAUUCCCGACUUUGGUUGUCUUGACGGACGCAGUAACUGCCAACAAAUAUGUAUUAAUAGAGAGGGAUUUUUUCAAUGUAAAUGUUACGAUGGAUAUACUUAUAAUACAAAUAAUAAUACUUGUAUCAGAGAUGUAGACGAAUGUCAAAGCUUCCACAAAUGUAUUCAACACUGUCGAAAUACAAAUGGAAGCUAUGAUUGUUCAUGUCAUUAUGGUUAUAAACUGUUGAAAGAUCAACGAACUUGUGAAGAUAUAAACGAAUGUGAGUUGAACAGAGACCAUUGUGAACACAAAUGUGAAAAUGUAGAUGGAUGGUACAACUGCUUGUGUUUUAGUGGUUAUAUUCUAAGAUGGUAUGGUGAAACCUGCUCACAGGACCUUGAUGAUUGUAGCAGUACUCCAUGUCCCAGUAACUUAGCUUGCUACAACCAGAAAGGUCCUUCUUACAGUUGUGGAUGCGACUCCGGCUACAAGUGGAACACAACUCUGAAGAUUUGUCAAGAUGUUGACGAAUGUUCAAGAGAAGAUCAUGGCUGUGAACACACCUGUGUAAACCAGAACGGAACAUAUGCUUGUGAAUGUGAUGUAGGCUUCCUUAAAGACGGAUUUUCUUGUUCAAAUAUUGACGAAUGUUUGGUAGAAGAUGAUAAUGGUUGUGAACAUAUUUGUUUUGAUACCCAAGGAAGUUAUUUUUGUGGUUGCCAUGAUGGUUAUGAACUGGAACUCGACAUCAAAUCAUGUAAACAAUGUAAGAACAAUAACUAA